ACGGGCUGCGCGUGCGCGUGCUGCUGGCUUGCUGUUGCUGUUGCAAAACUUUUGCAGGGCUCGGGGGCUGCGAGCAACGAGGCAGAGGGGUCGCGGGGGCUGAACCGGCUCUCGAUGCAUCACCUCGUUAGAGAGCCAUGCAAAGGAGACAUCUCCAGGAAAUUCCGGAUUCAGACAGUAACAUCACCACGAGUUUCACGUGGGCAUGGGAUCCCAGCAAGACGUCGGAGCUGCUGUUGGGCAUGGGGGUGUCUGACCUUAAAGAUAAGCUAGCCAAUGAGAAUACCCCCCAGGAGCUGCUGAUGUGUGUGGGCCCACCCCCCAAACGACAGAAGGUGAAGGACAAGGAAUUUGUCAUUGCCCGCAGACCAAGGCUUCUUCGAAAGGCUGCGCCAGGUGUUUCCUGGGAUAUCCUGCCAGAUGAGUUGCUGUUGGGGAUCUUCUCCUACUUAUCCUUAACUGACCUGCUAAAAGUUUCCCAGGUUUGCCAGAGAUGGCACCGACUUUCAAUAGAUGAAUCGCUCUGGAAAACCCUUGAUCUUGCAGGGAAAAAUCUGCUGCCGGGAGUGAUUGGUCAGUUACUGCCCUUGGGUGUCGCUGCCUUCCGUUGUCCAAGGUCCUGCAUUGGGAAUCCUUUGUUUAAAACGAGCAGACUUCUCCCUGUGCAGCAUAUGGAUUUGUCCAAUUGUACAAUCCAAGUUACAGACCUCCAAAGUAUUCUUGAUCGGUGCAGGAGCUUGCAGAACCUCAGUUUAGAAGGCCUCAGCCUUUCCAGUGACGUUGUUAGACAAAUAGCACAGAACCCCAGCUUGAUACGAUUAAACCUCUGUGGAUGCUCUGGAUUCUCUACAGAAGCCCUGGAGGCGAUCCUGAAAAGCUGUUCCAGGCUGGAAGAACUGAAUUUGGCUUGGUGUGACUUUACUAUUGAUCAUGUAGGAACAGCGGUCAGCCAUAUUCCUUCUACAGUAACAGAGCUUAACCUUAGUGGAUACAGACAUAAUUUACUGAUGUCAGAUGUUAAAACAUUACUGGAGAGGUGUUGCAAUAUAAUACAUUUAGAUUUAAGUGACAGUGUUAUGUUGAAACCUGAAUGCCUUCAAUACUUCUGCCAGCUCCCUUAUCUUGAGCACUUGUCUCUUAGUCGAUGCUACCAGAUACCUCCUGCAGCCUUACUUGAACUUGGUGAAAUUGCUACACUCAAAACUCUCCAGAUUUUUGGAAUAGUGACUGCAACCUCUCUCCAGCUCCUAAAGGCGGCACUUCCUCAUAUAAAGAUCAACUCUUCCCAUUUUACAACCGUUGCAAGGCCCACCAUUGGCUCCAAAAAGAACCAAGACAUUUGGGGAAUUCAGUGCAGACUGAGUUUAAGAAAUACGCUGGGUUUUUAACGUGGCAUCUGGGGCUUCCAGAAGCCUGCAACAGAUGUGUCAGUUCUUCAGAGCGGGGAUUAUGGAGUUCUUGAGAAGUUGGUUCUGUUUUGCUUUAAUUUGUAACUUGCAAUGCAACCCAACUACUUUAACUGACUAAAUUUCAUUAAUUUCCACGUUUUAUGUGCAAGCAAGUUAUUCGGUAACUUAUCAAGCCAUUGGUUUUUCAGAUGAAUUUUCUAUUACGGUUGGAAUUUGUUACAACAUGCUAAUCAUGGGCAAAUACCUGGUAAAAUUAAGUAAUAUGCACAUCCUGUUCCUGAAACUUUUUUUAGACAAUUAAAGCCUCCAAGUUUUUA